AUGGACCCGAAGAAGAGCAAGACUCGAGGCAAGAAGCAGCAGCCCAAGCUCGAGCGCCGCAACGCCGCCAAGCACUUUGAAUACGACGCCGGACCGUCGUCGUCCUCCUCUUCCUCGACGUCGUUGUCGUCGGUCUACUCGCGCACCAUGGAGUUUUACGACCGCACGAGCUUCCGAAUCGAGGGUGUAGAGGGCGAGCUCGACCGGAUUUGCCGCAGCCUCGGCCUCUCCGGUCCGGAUGACUUUUCCAUUCCGGCCUCUGCGUGGGCGGCUAUGAAGCUCCAUUCCUCCUCUGACAGCCUGGCUGGACGGAGCCACGAGGGUAAGGCGUUCGACGAGGAGGCGAAGGAGGAGGAGGAAAUUGAAGCGGUGGACAGCGAGGAUCGGGCUAGGGUUUUGGACGAGUGUGUUGUUCCUGCUGAGGGUAGUGGUUGCUGUGCCUCCGGAAUUAAGGGUUUUCGGCCUCCGAUGUUGAAGCCACCUCCGGGGGUUAGGGUUUCGGUGGUGGAUGAAACGUGUUCCACGUGGGAUUUGUUGCAGGAUUUUGCGCCGAAAGGGGAGGAAGGGAAGGAGACUUACGUGGAGUCGAGUUUGUCUUCUGACGAUGAACAUGAGGACCGAGAAGAAAAGGAAGAGGAGGAUGAGGAAGAAGGGGAAGUUGGGGGAGUGAGGGUGGAAAGAGAAAAGGAGGAAAACGCGGCAAGGAUUGCGGAGAUUGUGGAUGAGUUUUCUGGGUUUUCUACUUCGAACGAAGAUGAUUCUUCUAGCACUACCACGGGCCCUAGUUCUAGUAACAUAUCUCCCAAUGGGAGAAUCAAGCGUGUUAUUACCGCGGGUAACUGGCAGAAGGGAGACCUUCUGGGGCGUGGUACGUUUGGCACUGUCUAUGAAGGGAUUUCUGAAGAUGGAUUCUUUUUUGCUGUAAAACAAGUUUCACUACUUGAUCAAGGGAAUCAGGCAAGACAAAGUGUAUAUCAACUGGAACAGGAAAUUGCACUUUUGAGUCAAUUUGAACACGAGAAUAUAGUUCAAUACUUUGGCACUGAAAUGGAUGAGUCAAAUUUGUAUAUCUUUAUUGAGUUUGUAACUAAAGGUUCCCUUAGAAACCUCUACCAGAGAUAUAAUCUUCGAGAUUCUCAAGUAUCUGCAUAUACAAGGCAGAUUUUGCAUGGUUUAAAGUAUCUCCAUGAUCGAAAUAUUGUUCACAGGGAUAUUAAAUGUGCAAAUAUAUUGGUGGAUGCAAAUGGAUCUGUUAAGCUUUCAGAUUUUGGAUUGGCAAAGGCAAUCAAAUUCAAUGAUGUCAAAUCAUGCAAGGGAACAGCAUUCUGGAUGGCCCCAGAGGUUGUAAAAGGGAAACAAAAAGGUUAUGGGCUUCCAGCUGAUAUAUGGAGUCUGGGAUGUACUGUGUUAGAGAUGUUAACGGGCCAAAUUCCGUACUCUCACUUAGAAUGUAUGCAGGCAUUGUUUAGAAUUGGAAGAGGUGAGCCCCCUCUUGUGCCAGAUGCCCUUUCAAAUGAUGCACGGGAUUUUAUCCGGCAGUGUCUUAAAGUUAAUCCAGACGAACGUCCCAGUGCUGCUAAACUCUUAAGUCAUACCUUUGUCCAGAGGCCACUACUUUCCCAGUCCUCUGGUUCUGCAUCUCCUUAUACUCGAAGGGGUUAA